CCAGUACGACGUCGUUUAACGAACCCCCGCACGAUACGAUAGCAGAUAAACAAAUGGCAUGCCUACAUGCCUAUUCAAGCUAGACGACGCGCAGUAUGCAGGCCCCAACGCAACAUGGCAGAUACGAUGUGGUGCGCCGCCAAUGGCGUCAGCCCAAUACCACGGCUCGUUACCUAGAACAGCCAUUGACAACAAAAGAAAAUCCCAGACCGGUAAGACUCAUCCAGGCACCCCGGCGAUCAUCGCGGCUGUUACCGAACAUUCCUUAUAAAUCGUGACUUGGCGUCCGUUGAUUAUUCCCUUCCUGUCUUCCCGCUUCUUACGUGCGUCGUGAUUCGUGAUAAUUGCCUUCACCAUGUCUUCCUUCGUGCGGCCGUUGUUGCUCGUAGCUGCGGCAUCUCACGGAUUAGCUCAGUUCGUUGCGCCACCGACUUCGCUCGAGAAGGUUGUCGGCUACGCUGAUAUUCCAGUUCGGUACAAAGAGGUGCCUGCAGGGACAUGCGAGUUGGACCCUAAUGUGAAGAGUUACUCGGGAUAUGCCGACGUGGGAGAGGACGAACACAUCUUCUGGUGGUUUUUCGAAUCCCGCAACCAAGAUCCGUCAGAAGCCCCAUUGACCGUUUGGAUCAAUGGCGGUCCUGGCUCGAGCUCUAUGAUCGGCCUCUUUGAGGAAUUGGGCCCGUGUCGUGUUGAUUACUUCGGCAACGUCUACAACAACCCUUACUCGUGGUCUAACGUGAGCAAUCUGCUCUUCAUCGACCAACCCACUCAAGUCGGCUUUUCCUACUCCAAGCCAGUCAAUGCUUGGUAUUCGGACGGCAACAUUGUAACCGUGCCAGACGCUACGUGUCCCGACUAUGCGCCUGCUGGCUCGUGCGGAACCUAUUCCUACCCGAAUCUUACGCUGACAGCAAAUUCAACUACCAAUGCUGCUCCUAAUUUCUGGAAGACCCUCCAGGGUUUCAUGGGUGCAUUCCCCAAGUACUCGCGAAACGGGUUUCACUUCGCGACGGAAAGCUAUGGCGGCCACUACGGACCUGUCUUCAAUGCCUAUAUCGAAGAGCAGAACGCCAAGCAGAUCCCUGGAGCGAAAGAGAUUCAGCUGGAGUCGGUCCUGAUAGGUAAUGGAUGGUAUGACCCGAUAAUUCAGUAUCAAGCCUAUUACAACUUCACCGUCUUUCCCGGGAACACUUAUGACUACGCGCCCUUCAAUGCGUCUAUAGAAUCCAUGUUCUAUAACAAUUUGUACGGACCCGGGAACUGCAUCGACCGACUGAAUGACUGCAAAGCUACUGGUUUGAACCACAUCUGCAGCAGCGCCGACAGCUUCUGCGCUAACAUGGUCGAAUCCGUAUACGAUAACGUGCUCGGCCGAGACGAGUAUGAUGUGCGGGAGCUCGUGCCAGAUCCGUUCCCAUACGGAUUCUACAGCGACUACCUAAACUCGGCGGAGCUGCAAGCCGCAAUUGGCGCCUUUACCAACUUCUCGUCGUUCAGCGACGCCGUAGGCCAGGCGUUUAGCGGUACCGGCGACGACAGCCGGGAGAUGGGUACGAUCGAAGACCUCCGCUACCUGAUCUCCAAAAACAUAACCGUGGCAAUCUACGCGGGCGACGCGGAUUACAACUGCAACUGGCUCGGAGGCGAAGCCGUGGUAGAAGAAGUUGCAGCGCCGGGAUUCUCGAAAGCCGGCUAUACGGACAUAAUCACGAGCGACAACAUAACGCACGGCCAAGUAAAACAAUCUGGCAAGUUCAGCUUCACGCGAAUCUACGAGAGCGGCCACGAGGUCCCCUUCUACCAGCCCUUAGCCGCCCUGGAGUUCUUCGAGCGAGCCAUCAAAGGCCAGGACAUCCAGACCGGAAAACAAGUGGUGGACUUGGAGUAUCUCACGGAGGGAACGAAGAAGAGCACGUACCGCCAGGGGAAUUCCACGAUGCAGUGGGAAAUUCUGCCGGCGAAUACUACGUACGAUGUCAACACGAACAAGCCGGGUGGGCCUUGGCAGCAGCAGGCUGUGCUCAUGAAGAGGAGCUUGAGGACACGUCUGGGACGCCGAGGGAGGUAAAUGAAUGUCGCUACAAGAUUUACGUGAGAUAUGAAGCGUAUGCACUAUCGUGAUAGCCUUGAUGUCUUAAAUAAAGUAAUAUUAUUACAAUUUACUACUACAUUUUAC